GAGUUGAAACAGUUUGUGUCCAGGAUGUGAGGGGUCUGUAGAUACUCAGCCCUCCUUCUGACCUCAACCACAUACAGGUCUUCUAUGGAAGGCAGGCUGGUUGCAGUUGUUUUUUCUGCAGUCCUAACUAUCCGCUAGGGCAGCAUUGGUGAACCUUUUCGGCACUGAGUGCCUAAACGGGAGCCGGUCGCCUGGUCUUCCGGUUUCUGGGGCACGUGUGUGAAGACCAGCUGGCCGGCACGCAUGCGUGCGCCAGAAACAAAAAGCUCAGCUUCCUUGUGCACGCCAGGGAGCGUCUCUUCUGGUUUUCGGUGCUCUCGCGCGACCAGUUGGCCGGUAAAGGUGAUGGCUGGCGAACCCGGAAGAGCAAUGGGCAACGGCUGGCAUGCCCGGAGAAAUGGCUCUGUGUGCCACUUCCAGCACGCAUACCAUAGGUUCACCAUCACGGUGCUAGAGUCUGGAGCUGUCCUAUUUGGUUGCUGUACCAAAUUAGACAUACAGAAGUAAAAGUGACAGAGUCAAUACUUCCUCUAGAAGUGUAUCAAUAGUUCCUGGGGCAGCCUGAACUUCCUGAGUUGAUGCAGGUAGAUCAUUCUUUGUCGUACCUUUUUUUUUAUGAUGGUUCUAAUGUUAGGUGUCCAUUUCAAAUUGGAGAGAUUUGGAAGAUUAUGGAACACAAAAACUACUGCUGAUAUUGUACUGCCUGCCUGAUACACUAAGAGGUGGUAGAAUAGAAAGGCUCCUAAAAUCCUGUCUCAUCUCUACAGUUUUAAGCAUGUUAAGCUCCAGAUUGUUCCAGCUGCAACCACAGGGCCAGUUGUUCAACUUCCCGUCUGUAUGCAGAUUAAUCGCUGUCUCAAAUGAAACCAGUGACUGUUGUAUCAUCUGCAAAUUUCAGUUGAGGCUUGGAGGAAAUUAUUGCAGCCAAACCAAACAAAACACCAAUUCAGCUGUUGCUUGAAUAUGGCACAAAAGCUCACCUUAAUCCUGAAUAUGAAUUUGAAAAAGCCGAGGGAGAAGUACACAUGCCCGUUUUCACCUAUAAAGUCACCAUAGGCGACAUCAUUGCAACAGGAGAGGGUCCCAGCAAAAAGAUUGCAAAACACAGAGCUGCUGAAGCUGCGCUGAAUAUUUUGAAAAGCAGUCCAAAUGUCUGUAUUUCUAUGCCAGACCAUAUAAUCCCUGAACCUCUCAAUCAAGCUCAGAAUCAGACCAAUCCGAUUGGAUCGUUGCAAGAACUGGCUAUGAGGAAGGGUUGGAGAUUACCUGAAUAUUCCCUAGCCCAGGAGACUGGGCCACCUCAUAAGAGAGAGUUUGCAAUGACUUGCAGAAUCGAGACAUUUGUAGAAACAGGUAUGGGAACAUCUAAAAAAUUAGCAAAGCGAAAUGCUGCUGAGAAAUUACUUGAAAAGUUCCACAGUUUUUGUCAGGAUAAUAUCACAAUUUCUUUAGGAAAAGAAAUGCAUAAUUUGGGAUGCACCUGGGAUAGCUUAAGGAACUCUUCUGGCGAAAAAAUUACUAUGCUGAAGAUAAGCUCCCUCAGUAUUCCCAAUACAGACUAUAUUCAGCUCCUUGGAGAAAUUGCAGAGGAGCAAGUUUUUAAUAUAAAAUAUUUGAACAUAGAGGAGUUGAGUGUGAACGGACAAUUCCAGAGUCUCGUAGAACUUUCAAUCAAUCCAAUCAUAGUUUGCCAUGGGACUGGAAUCUCCUGGAGCAACGCCCACAAUGAUUCAGCCCACAAUGCAUUACAGUAUUUAAAAAUCAUGGCUGGGAGGAAAUAACCUUGAAAUGGGGAAAAAGAAUGAACAUGGGUAUAUAUAUAUUUGUCUCUACUUACAAUUGAACAAUUUCCAAAUUAUUGAGGUUUUUUUUAAAGUCACAUCACAACCUCUGCAUUCAUAAUUGUAUAUUAUAAAGAAAAUUUAACUUAAACCUAUUAUGAUGUUUUUGUUUAUUUAUUUUGGAAAGCUAGAAUCAGGAAAACCAAAAGUUGUGAGCAGGGGAUGAGAGACAGCCUGUAGCAUUUGAUGAAUUGCAAUCCUCAAUACCGAAAUAGUCAUUAGUCUGCGAGCAGCUGUUCCCCAAAAGCAGCCUCAAAUCCAUUGCCUCCUUUCUCAGAUAUUGUUUUGUACAGGGAUGGGGAAGUCUGGCUUGAGGCAAACCUGCAGAAGAGUGCAGUUUGUGUUGAGGGAAGGAGUUUGUUUCUUAAGAAUGCCAUGCAUUGGGAACACGAAGUCCAGCUCAUUGUUUUUUGUUGUUUUUUGUUUUGUUUUUUUAUUUACAUUUAUAUCCCGCCCUUCUCCGAAGGCUCAGGGCGGCUUACAGUGUGUAAGGCAAUAGUCUCAUUCUAUUUGUAUAUUUACAAAGUCAACUUAUUGCCCCCCCAACAAUCUGGCUCCUCAUUUAUUUCUUACGGCGUUAAUAUUUUGCCAUGUCAAAAUGACUAGAUAUUUCACAGUAAAACCACAAAGCAAAACAUAAACCAAACCUUAAUAGUUUUAAUAACAUCUUACAAAAACUGGAUUAAAAUUGAAAAUCCAACUCUGAAUAAAUCAAGUACUUUAAAAAAUCAGAUUGACAUCCAUAUCCAUAAAGCAACCCAGCGUGCAAAUAAUUCAAUCCCUCCAAGCCCAGUGAAACAAAACUUCUCCAGGGUUUGCCUGAAGAAUAGUGUUGUUGUGAUCCUCCAGACUCCAUUAGAUGACAAGUCACCAAGCAAGGUGUUCCUCUUAUCAUUCCCCACUGCCCCCUUAACAGGCAGAUGGGGACAUCAACUGGCCUGAGGUCACUUCAGUCAGCUGAUCUUUCUGUUAUUCAAAACCACCUACUGUACAGCCAAAUUCAAACAUCCAGCACUCCUCCAAUUUGACUCCAGAAAAUACACUCCCAUACACAAUCAGGGGAAGGGAAACUGUUUCCUAUCCCUUGGCUUGUAUAUGAUGAACUCACUGAAGCAUCAAGUAGUCACAGGCAAGCACUUCACUGCCAUUAUGAGAGGUCAUAGUCAGAGACAGACUAUAGAAUAGCAUAGAGAUGACCUUGGGGAAAAUGGGACCAUUAGUAGAAAGUGAGGUCAAUCUAGGAAAAUAAAGUGACAAAGAGACUGAAGACUUUUGACAGUCUUCGGUAUAAGGGAGGGGAAGGCUUAUAAUUGUACAUAAUAGCCAUUAUAUAUUUACUUUUUUGUGUUUAAUUUCUUCUCAAUUGUGGCCAGUAUAAAUAACAGCAAUGGAGUUUUUGUAUUUCUUGUGGCUUUCCUGAUCUGGCCUACUUUGAAGGGCUGACAAAGAGUUGUAGCUUUUCUCUUCCCAGGCUGCAGUUUCUUCAAGCAGCUGAUACCCUCCCCUUUCACUGGAGCUGACAGUCGUGCCAAACAAGCCCCUUACUGAACUUGUUAAGUUUCCUACUGUAAUCCUCUCUGCUUCCUCAUGCAAUUCUGUGUCUGCAUGGCAGCAGAUAAGUUGAAAUGUGUUAGAGCGACAGAGGUGAUAAUAAUGUGCAUCAGCUGGAAAUAAAACACCACGUCUGUCACAUAGAUAGACUCUUCCCAUUUUCAGCAUUCCCUCUUUUUUCCAGCCCUUUCCUUUCCACCAAUCCACAUGUUCUGCCUUCCACUUUCUACACUUUGCUUUUCUUUUGUAUCCGUCACUUGGUGUUCCACAGAACUGAGUUUCACCAGCUUCCCCAAUUCUCUGCUUUUCCAUUCUGUUUGAUGCACAAAUACUUGUCCUACAAUCACAUCUCUAUUCCACAACUCCUCAGGAACUGCCAGGAUGAAAAACAUCCCUACCAAAAAACCUUAAGAUCCCUCCUCCAAAAUGCCAAAUAUAAAUCACUAGCUUGCAAAAAUUGCCCAGCAGUGGCAAUUUGUUUACCAAACAAUCAUGUUGAGCAUCAUUCAUCUAUUCACUUGUAUGCUUUAUUAUAUGCGCUCCAGUUUUGCCUUACAGCAAAUACUUGGGAUAAUGUUGGUUUAACACCCUAACCAUUGUAUUAUUGUCUUGGAUGUCAAUUUAGCUUCAAAUGUGUCCUCUUCACUCAAAUAAUAAAAAUGAUUUUAAAGGUUUGCAGUGAUGGAGAAAAUCUUGUUUCCAUUCAAUCUUUGUGACAGGCUUACUGACCAGAUGAGGAACCAUCAUAAACUGUGGUUGGGGUGGAGAUUGGACAUGCCUCCUAUUAUACAGUUAGAGCAGUACACUAGAUUACAAUCACAUUACACUGAGAAAAGAGCAAUUAUGAAUUAUGACUUAAAGAUAUAUUUUACUGGAUGUUAUGAAAAAUGGCCAACUUUUUAAAAAAAUUAUUGCAUAUUUCAGUAGCCAGGAGCAUGGCUACUGAUCUCUGAAGACUUUGAAGUUACUUAUGUAGGCUGGCAUUUCUUUUAAGACUUCAUGUCUCAUGAACUACAAAACACUUGAAUUUUUGUAGCAGAAGGCUGAAUUUUAGUGUCUUCAUGAAAAUGUUGACAGCUGGGACCUCAAAAACUUGUUUUUCUAAUAUCUGAAGCUUCAAAGAAAUGACUUAUAAUUGUACAUAAUAGCCAUUAUGUUUACUUUUUUGUGUUUAAUUUCUUCUCAAUUGUGGCCUUUUAAAACAUAUGUUUGAUGAUUUCACAGAAAAGAUAAAAUGUGUUACGUUUUUUCAUUAGAUGUGUCAUUCUUUAAUAAAUUGCUUUAAAUGAUACAA